CACACAAACGUGGACUUGUUUGAAACACGAGUUUCUCGAGACUCCUCCUCCUCUCAUUCAUCGAAUGCGACCUUUUUAUCAAACUUGUUUCCACAAUAGUGAGUUUCAACCAACCAACAACUCUCCAUUUGCCUUUUCUAUUUCAUUUCUAUAAACAGUUUUAAAACAUUUCUGAAUCAUUCACGGAACAACAAUGACAGAAACACAAACUAGCAUUGGUCAAGAAGAAGAAGAAACAAGAGCAAAGACUCAGCCCUUGAUCCCAGGUUUACCCAACGAGAUCGCCGAGCUUUGUCUCCUUCGUCUUCCUUACCCAUACCAUGCUCUCUUUCGCUCCGUUUCAUCUUCUUGGAACACAACAAUCACCAACCCUAGCUUCCUCCUCUCCAAGCAAUCUCUCUCCAUCUCUUCUCCUUACCUCUUCGUCUUCUCCUUCAACAAAUCAACGGCCAAGGUUCAAUGGCAAUCCCUCGAUCUCUCAUCCGGCCGUUGGUUCGUCUUACCUCCGAUGCCCAGCUCCUUCGCCAAGAUCUCGUCUCCCCACGCGCUCUCCUGCGCGUCGAUCCCACGCCAGGGAAAGCUUUUCGUCCUCGGCGGCGGCGAAUCCUCUCGCUCCGCCGUCGUAUACACCGCCUUGACGAACCGCUGGUCGCUCGAGUCUCCGAUGCUGAGUCCGAGAACGUACUUCGUCUCCGGGAACCUAAACGGUAAAAUCAUGGCCGUCGGCGGGAGCUUGGACGGCGGCGGAGAAGCGACGAAGGACGUCGAAUCGUACGAUCCGGAGAGCGACACGUGGAAGGAAUCCGCGAGGCUUCCGGUGGUGCUGGCGAAGUACGACUCCGCCGUGAUCGGGAAAGAGAUGCUGGUGACGGAGGGCUGGGCGUGGCCGUUCAUGUUUCCGCCGAUGGGACACGUUUACGACUCUGAUAAAGACACGUGGCGAGAGAUGAGCGGCGGGAUGAAGGAAGGGUGGACGGGUGUGAGCGUCGUGGUCCGGGGGAGGCUGUUCGUGAUCUCGGAGCACGGCGAUUUUCCGAUGAAGGUUUAUUCGUCCGAAGACGACACGUGGAGGUACGUGAGUGGCGAGAAGCUUCCGAGAAAGACGAUGAGGCGUCCUUUCGCCGUGGCGGGAGUCGAGGACCGGGUCUUCGUGGUGGGCGAAGGGCUUAACGUGGCGGCAGGUAGAGUGGAUGAGGGGCAAAACGGGGAAUUCAGUGUUGAGUGGAGGAUGAUCGCGUCGUCUUCUCAUCAAGCUCGUACUCAGUUUUCACCUGCUAGUUGUCACGUGCUUUAUGUCUGAUUGAUUAUAUAAUAGUACUAUUUUCUUAUUA